UGGGACGGCGAGCCAAACAAAGCGUAUGCGUUGCUUGCCCGUCUUGCAUUUUUAAUGGCCAGGAAGAUGACAGUCGAGAAGAAGAUGCGUCUGCUGUCACCAAUUCUUUAAAAAAUAAUCGCUGAAUUGUGAUUAAACAGAGAGGCGGGUCGACGGCAAAGAGAAGGACGAGUUGAACCUGCAGUGAAGAAACGACUGUCGACAUCUGCGCAUGAUGCAUUGCAGCACUUUUGAGAAAAUGGGUGUUUUUAGCCUAAUUCUCAGAAUAGAGUAUCUGAUCCGAGAUGUCGGUUGGGUUCUUUAGCUACCGUAUCAUUUGAUUUUGGACUCUAAACGACAUCCCCGCUGGCGACCUGCAACAUGGGGCCCAUCAUGCAGGAACGCACAGCAUCCACGACACUGAAACGCGUCGCCUCUAAAGAGAAGAUUCGGGUAAAAAAUACAGAAAAUAGCGGACCAGUCACCAGUUCAAAGAAAGGUAACAAGAUGAAGAAAGCAGUGGGCCAAAUGAAAAAUGGCCUCCCGGGACCAGGUCAGGAUAAGGACACACUGACAACAGUACACAGGGGUGCACAGUCAAAAGGUGGCAGGGUAAAAUCUGGCACUGCACGGAAUACAAGCAAACUCUCCAGCCCUGAAGAAGAAGAAGGAGAUUUGAGACCUCAACUCCGCAAACACUUAUCCGUGCACAGGAAAGAGGAGAAACGUGAAAAUCAGCGAGUGUCACAAUGCAGCAAUGAGCUCCUCCAAAAUCGAGGGGGGAUGGGCAAAAAUCGGCGAGCCCUCUCCCUGCCUCUCUCCCCAAUAUCAGGGCUACGACACAUGCCAGCGCAACCCCUAACACACUCCCCAGCCCCCACCCCAGAGGCACUACAGCAGCACUACAACCAGAAGGAUGUAGACACUGACAGCGCCAGUGAUCUGUCAGACUCUGAGAGGCUGCCUGUACUGCCCUCUCCAUGCACCCCCUGCACCCCUCCUCACCUCAACCUCCGGGCAGAGGUCAUCAAUAGUAACGACUUUCCUCCGGAUUUCCCAGGACCCCGCGGAACUGUAGGUGAUGAUGAUGAGAGUGAAAAACCCAGCUACAUUUACCCAGACUUUCUGCCUCCUCCCUUCAACAGCUGGAGCCUGAGACAGCUGGCAGUGUUCCUUCACACAGAGGGCCGUGGCGCCCCUCGGCCAAAGCCUGUAGGGCCCUUAGAGAAGUACCUGGAGAGGCUGCUGCAGCUGGAGUGGCUACAGAUCCAAACAGUGCAAGCAGAGAGCAGUCGUCCGCCCGGGAGCCGUCCAAGGCCUCAGGGGUUCCCUUCUGCCACCACUGCUCACCCACCAAGGCCUCACACAGCUCCACCAUCACGACUCAACUCCCCUAAAGGGCUGCGGCACAGCCAGCGAGCCUUCCCAUUCACACCUGUCAACAACCCCCCAUCACCUGCCUCAGCCCAGCACCAGCACUCUCGCUUCCCGGUUUGCCCUCACUGUCACAUUCGCUACCCAUUGUGCAACGGAAGCUGCUCUGCCUAUGCCUACCAGCGCCACUCGCGGCUGAGCCCGCUGCUUGAGCGCAGAGCCAGACCUGGGGCACCAGCAAAGAGGAGCAGCAGUGAGACCCGAGCAAACUCCACAGAAGGUAGAAGCCCAGGAGGACAAGGCGGAGGAGGAGGAGCCCAGACCCCAGUUAGCCCCUCAGCUGGAAGGAGUCAUCUCAGGCACAUGCAAGCGGCAGGCAAUGCCCGUAAGCAACCCCAGGAAUCUGGAAGUAACCCAAACAGCAGAGGUCAGGUGAGGAAAAGCCGCGUCAGAGCUAACUCUGAGACAGAUGUGAAAAAGGAGCCUGGUGGUAGUAAAGCAGCUGGUGUAGAGAAACGUGUUUUUGCUGCAAGUAAGAGAGAGGUCCUCACCUCCAAGAGAGUAGAAAAGGACUGGCAGAGGACAGAGGCGGGAGGUCAGACCUCUAAAUCUGCCAUGAAAAGAGCUGCUAAAGAGCCGCAGUCUCUCUCCAAAACACCGCUUAGUAGCAAGCAGAAUGGCAAAACAAAAAAUGUGCACUUUGUUGCAAAGUAACCCCUACAGACCUAUAGUGUAGUGCUUUACUUCGUGUUUAUUUGAACAGGAGCCUGAACCUAUGCUUGCUUUCUGUGUAUUCUGUGUAAUACUAACAUGCUCUAACCAUUGUACUGCAGUCUAAAUUAGUCAGUGGUGUACAGCCUUCAAAAGGUCAAAACUAACAAGAGGUUAAGCUGCUAGAAUAGAGAUAAAACAGCAAUGAUUUCAAAGCAUAAUAUGACACAUACAUCGAACAGAAUUAUAUAAAUGUAUUUCAUUCAAAUUGUACAGUAAGUAUAGAGUCAUAAUGUUGGACUGUGGUUAGACAGAAGGCUCAUUAUGACCCUAAACACUAGUAGGAUUCUAAAAACAGCUUCUAUGUAAAUGGAACUCUUGCACUGCACAGUCAUCUCUCAGUGUGCUACUAAUGUUGAAAUAGGCAUAAAUUAGCAUCUACUGUACCACUGGACAGCUUUCAGCAUAAGUAAACCAUAGUGAAGUUCAACAGAUCAUUACAUUUUAGUCAUCAAAUACAACCAUAGCUGUUACUAGUGGAGUUUUUGAUGUUGGAAUGUAUUUGUUUUCAUAGCUCUUACUUUACUUGAUGUUUGCUUUUUGUCUUUUCUUUGGUGCCUCAUGUUUUAAGACAUAUGUUGAGUUGAAGCAUCUUUGGCCGAAAAGAAGGAGGCGCAAUAAGUGGUGGCGUAUGGCAGUAACGGAAUUUGUUUCAGAUAUAUUUGUGCAAUGGUAUUACAUUUUUGGUUAUAAGGGCUUUUCACGUUUGAACAGCUUGAAUUGUAGUCUAUGAUAAUAUAUUGUAUUUUGCAUAGAGCUGAGCUCUUUCUACCAUUGAAGACAGUGUAAUGUUUGCUACGAAUGUAAAUGCAUAUUUUUCCAAAUUUUAUAUACCAUAGUUAUAUUUAUGAAAGGUGUUGUGGUUGACUUGUAUGCAUCAUUGUCAUUAUUAUGUUUACAUCGUCAUGCACAAGAAGAAAAUAUUUAGUAAAAGAGCUGAAUGUAACUUAAUGUCUACUGUGCUGUACCGUUGGUCAUUCCUGUGAUUCAAUGGAAUGUCAACACAUCAUAGCUGUUAACAUGUAAUAACAUGGUAAUGUUAUCAUCAUAUUCCACUGCAUACUUGAAGUCUGUAGAACACUGUGUUUACAUUAGAGUGUCUUAUUUGUUUAUUGUGAUUUACCAUGUGCACUUGAUUCAUGGGCGCACUAUAUUAAUGUAAAUAAUGUGAUAUGUGACAAGAUUGCACCUCUUAACGUACGAUCCAUGUAAAGUAUCAAAGCCAUACAUGAUGGGCCAGGAGGGGCAAUGCUAUUAUAAAUGUGUACAUUAUAUUGACACGCACGCAGAAAGAUUGUGGUACUGUAUGUAUUUUCUCAAUGUUGAAUGCAAGUAUUUGUAAGGCAUAGAAAUAAAUGUUUUGCAC